AUGAUUGGAUCGACAAACGUGGAUCAUGUCGUAGCUGUUACUCCACCGGAUGUUACUCCAAGCCAGCCACUAGCCAACUUAGAACAACCGUUCUACGCUUCGUGCAAAGAUGUACCAUCGAAAGUCUCAGGGUACUAUUUGAUCCGAAUCAACAAUGAAAGUGAACCGUUUCGAGGAUACUGCGACCAACAAGAGUUUGGCGGAGGAUGGCUUAUGUUUCAGUUUCGGUUCGAUGGAUCAGUGGACUUUUACCGUAACUGGACCGAAUAUCGCGAUGGAUUCGGCGACACUCAGAACGAGUUUUGGAUCGGUCUCGAAAGAUUGCACCAGCUAACGUCUGCCACUCCACAUGAGUUGUUUGUUGCAGUGAGGGAUUAUGAGGAAGUAAAUGCGUAUGCUUGGUACGGCGAAUUUGAGAUUGGGAGUGAAUCCGAGCAGUAUCGUCUUAAAAAACUAGGAAGAUAUUCUGGAAGUGCCGGCGACUCGAUGAGAACACAGGAGGGGAUGAAAUUCUCAACCAAGGACCGGGACAAUGACGAGGACAGCGCCAUACACUGUGCCCAAAAGCAUGAGGGUGCCUGGUGGUACGGGCAUUGUAGCGAUGCGAAUUUGAAUGGGAGAUACGGUCGGCUCGAGAAUGCAAAGGCAUCCUUCUGGUAUCAUUUCCACAAGAACUACGCAGGAAUGGACUACUCAAGGAUGAUGAUUCGUCCAGCAAAAUAG